CCCCUCCGUCAUGAGAUAUCAAAAAACGGACCUCGGAUUCGUGAUCAGGGACAAAAGUUACCCCUUAGGACAAAGUUUCACGCAAAUCGAAGAGGGGUCGGGGCAACUUUUCCCGAUUUCGUGUGAGUUGGUAGAGAAUUACCCAAUAAUUAGUAAUUAUAAAUUGUCCCGAUUUUGGCAGCAUUGAUUAUAAAAAGCUUUUUAAAAAUAGUAAUAAUAAAACUAACACAGCAAAUUACAAAAGAAUUGAGCAUUUAGGAUGCUAUAAAAAAUUGUUUUAUGAAAUCUGUAAAUAUAAUUAAGCAAAUUUGAUAUUGGUGCCAAACUCAAGACAAUACAAGGAAUAAAACUGAUGAAUUUUAUGAAUGACGUCAUAUGAGCCUGGAACUCAAAGAUAUACAUUGGUAGCUGCAACAAAACAAAAUUUAUAAAAAAAUCUAAUAAAUUUAACUACAAGGUGAAUUCAAAACAGUAAAAAACAUUUGUUUCAGAAAAAAACCAAGGUCGCGAGGCUGUUACGACGUACUGAAAACUAAUUAGAGAAAUGAAUUAUUGAUUCCAAAAUCGUGACUUUACUAGUUUUAAUUGGUAUGUAUGUAGCUGACGGUGUCAGAUUUAGUUGAAGUUGAAUUAACCGAAGUGGUUUCAAUUAUUAGAAAAAACUUACUCGCGCUUCCUGUGACGCAACAAUCACGAAAAUCAAGAAAUUCCCAAGCGGUGUCGGGUAAUUUAGAAGAAAGAUUUAUUUUAUUACAUUUCCUGUAAGAAACACGAAAUCCAAGAAAACCAUUAUCGACAGGAAAGGCAGCUAGGUUUCUAGGAACAUCAGAAAACCCUUUUCAGAAGUACAAAUCAGAAGGUUAAAAUUCAAACGAAGACAUAACCAUAUAUCCUGCAAGUUUAUCAGAUCCUAGAAUCAGAAACAUGAAAAGACGGUAUUGUCCGCACAGAGCUUGAGAACAAGCAUCCGAAGCAUGUUCGCGCACCUGAAUACAAAGUAGCACGUAUAGAGUGAAAGGGACGAUCGAGCAAACGGAUUAAUCGAUCAAAGCAGAGAGAAUAGAGAGGACAAAACAUAGAACGAACUAUGAUCGCCGCUUAAGGUGAAACGCCUCAUCAUCACCAAUGGCGAUGUAUUAGUGCGAUGUGAAUGUAUUGGAACGAUGAUGAUCAUUGAAAUUCGCAUGUAUUAGUCAUGACGUCAAUGAUGUAUAAAUGUAGUAGUGACGUAAUAUUCUGUUUACGUCAGCGCUGUAAACAAACAUAAUGUUUGAAAAUAUUAAAAUAGAUAAAUAUUAUUGUUAUAUUCGGAACGCAUUGAAUGUUCCGUUCGCAAAAUUAAGUGGGAAAUGGGGUUUUCGAAAAAUGGUACAAUGUUGAGGGCUUGGUUAAAAAUAAAGGGUAUGUUUGAAAAUUGCCGGGAACGAUGGUGUAGUAGUAUGCGUGGUUGUCUUAUCCAGGUUUUUAACAAUAUGGACGAAUACCGAAGGUAACGCUUGUAACGCUACGGGGGUACUGUCAAACCAAUUUGGUAACGCGUGUAACACGCCUGCUCGCCAUGCUCGAGCUUAUGUCAAAAAUUUUCUCCAAGAUGGCGCCCACAAGUCUUUGCAUUCACAACGUGUUCCUCUUUCGACCGCAACGUAACAAGGAGAAAAACAUCCGAGAUCGACGCUGAACGCAGACAAUCCCCGAGUCUUAACCCGCGGCUGCUGGCCGGAACACGGAUCACAGCUAAGACCGCUCCCACAGUGCGACGAAAACACUCGACUCUGGAUCCGCGGCUGCUGGCCGGAACACGGAUCACAGUUGAGACCGCCCCCGCAGUGCGACGAAAACACCCGACUCUAGACCCGCGGCUGCUGGCCGGAACACGGAUCACAGCUGAGACCGCCCCCGCAGUGCGACGAAAACACCCGACUCUAGACCCGCGGCUGCUGGCCGGAACACGGAUCACAGUUGAGACCGCCCCCGCAGUGCGACGAAAACACCCGACUCUAGACCCGCGGCUGCUGGCCGGAACACGGAUCACAGUUGAGACCGCCCCCGCAGUGCGACGAAAACACCCGACUCUAGACCCGCGGCUGCUGGCCGGAACACGGAUCACAGCUGAGACCGCCCCCGCAGUGCGACGAAAACACCCGACUCUAGACCCGCGGCUGCUGGCCGGAACACGGAUCACAGUUGAGACCGCCCCCGCAGUGCGACGAAAACACCCGACUCUAGACCCGCGGCUGCUGGCCGGAACACGGAUCACAGUUGAGACCGCCCCCGCAGUGCGACGAAAACACCCGACUCUAGACCCGCGGCUGCUGGCCGGAACACGGAUCACAGCUGAGACCGCCCCCGCAGUGCGACGAAAACACCCGACUGUAGACCCGCGGCUGCUGGCCGGAACAGCGGAAAACAUCUGGGACCGCCGUCCGACAUCUCUGACAGAACGCCAGCGUACUAGGAAAGCAACCGUUGGCCGGAUCAGGGUGGGUGGAAAUCACGCCAGCUGAAAAUCGCAGCAGUUUUUCUCGACAAUGCCUCGUAAAUGUGUCGUUAAUGGAUGUGGAUCUGUGGAAACAAAAACCGAAAUUAGUUUUUAUAAAAUUCCUAAUGGAAAUAUUGCAAGAGAAAAGUUGCGUCGUGAAUUGUGGAUUGAAGCAGUCCAACUUAGAGAAACACACAACUAUGACUAUGUCUGUGGCCGCCACUUUGUGUCAGAUUAGAAAUAGGUUUGUAUUUUUUGAAUUUUAAUGAAAUCGAUUUGUUUUAUUUAACAGGUAAACCAUCUGCUCCCAAUGACAUGACAAGUGUGGAUUGGAUUCCAUCCAUAAACAUGCCAGUUCUUACACGCAUAGUACAAAACAAUGAAAGUAAUGAUCCACAAGGAGACGAUCACGACAACCACAAUAUGGGUACCAUUGAAUAUCUGGAAGACGACGAAAAUUCAAACUUGAGCAACGGCAAUACGGAUUAUUACAUCGAAGAGGAUGACGAGGUCAUUGAUGAAACUAUGGUAGAACCAGCGUUGCCGAACGAGGCGGAGUUUCUAAUGGACAGCGAGCCAAACGACGACAGUUUUUCGAGAGAAAAUUUUAUGCGACUGUUGCAAGAAAACCGUGAGUAUGAAAAACUACUGAAAGCGAAAGACGAAGAAAUCGACGAACUCAGGAAAACCAUCGAAAAGCAGCACAAAAUCUUGGAGAUCUUUCAGUGGGAUUUAAAUUCUUUUAAAGAAAAUGAUCGUAAAGUUGCUCACCUGACAGGACUGCCUAAUUUUGCUACACUAUCAAUUUUGGUAGACUUUGUGAAACCUGGAAUCUUGGUGUUUUCAGAUAUACUAAGUAAAGAACAAGUCGUGAUAAUGGUUCUUAUGUAUAUUAGAUUAGGACUUUGCUUUAGCAUCUUAGCAGUUUUGUUUCGUGUGUGUCCAGCUACCGUAACUCGAUAUUUUUACUCAGGAUUGUACUCAUUGUUCAAGCAAUUGAAAGGUUUAGUUAAAUGGCCAUCGCAAGAAAUCAUUGCUUCUAAUACUCCGACUAGAUUUCGCAAACUGUACGAUGCACCCAUAGCCGUGAUUUUGGAUUGCUUUGAGUUAUUCACCGAAAAACCCGGCGUGAAAGAGGCAGUGAUUAAAUUAUAUAGUAACUACAAACACCAUUACACCGUGAAAGAAUUAGUAGGAAUCACAUCAUUUGGAACAAUUUCUUUCAUAUCUAAGCCAUAUACUGGUAGAACAAGCGACAAGUUCAUAACCGAACAAUGUGGAUUGCUAGAUAAACUUAAUAAUAAUGACUUAGUUUUAGCCGAUAGGGGUUUUACUGUAAGACAGGCCGUUCAAGAUAGGGGAGCAGUUUUAAAAGUGCCAGAUUCGUCUUCAAAGAAGAAACAGUUAAGCUCCAAGGCUGUCGAGAGAACGAGAGCUCUAGCUUCGAUCCGAAAUGAGGUAGAGCGAUCAAUAGGAUCACUACGGCAGAAAUCCGGAAUACUAAGCACGCGACUUCCAAUCACUUUGUUGAAUCACGAGCACAAUGGUGAAAAUGUGCUUAAUAUGUUAGUUACAGUAGCUUGUGCGUUAUUUAACCUUUGUCCAUCGAUAAUUUCACCAUAAAAAACUAAUCAAAAUCAGAUCAUAUGUUAAACUGCAAUAACUAAUCUACAUC